AUGCUUCAUCUAGUUUUGAUCUGUGGUGGUACAGACUGGGCGACGAACGGCCGGAAAGAUCGUGUAUCAAACAAGAUGUCCUCUGACUUGACGACGCCUCAUAUCUUGAGGUCUUUGUGUAAUGUCAAGGUUAGCAAAGUCAUCACCGGACCCUCUGCCAACUAUGCUAUCGUCCUAGACAUCUACGGCGCUGCCUACCUCUUCGGCCGACUUCCCGCCCUUGCCAAAGACCCCAGCGGGGUUGUCUCCGAGAACGAGCCCAUCAAGAUCUCGCCUUCCUCCGUUGGCCUGCCCACAGACGCUAAAUGGGUAGGAGGCGCAGCUGGUAGGAGUCACCUCCUGCUGGUAGAUAGUGAGGGUGGUGCAUGGGGCUGCGGGAACAAUGUGCUCGGACAAGUCGGGGUGGCUCAAUGUAAUGUGGUGGAGAAACUUACCAAGAUCGGUGGCGCGUGGACCAAGGACAAGGACAACAAGGUCGUUCAAGUCACUGCUGGCCACACCUUCUCCUUGUUCCUUACUUCCAACGGUCAAGUCUACGCCUCUGGUUCCAGUGAAAAUGGACAGCUCGGUAACGGCAAGACGGGAGAACGCUUGGUCAAAGCUGGCAAGAUUGCUUAUGAUGUCGAGGUUCCUCCUCGCCUGGUGUCCGGCCUCGACAAGCACAAGGUCGUAGAGAUCGCUUCCGGUAACCAGCAUUCUCUUGCUUUGGAUGAAGAAGGCUAUGUCUACGCCUGGGGCUAUGCAGGGUACUCUAGACUGGGUUUGUCAGAUCAAAAGGACCGCCUCUCCCCGACGCUUGUGCCUCAAUUUGCUGGUAACAACAUUGCUACUCGAGCGAAGUCUGUUGCUUGUGGACCUACGAGCUCGACUGUUGUCGACAAACAGGAGAUGCUUCUCAUGGCGGGCAAGUGGAGGCUUACUGGUGAUGGCUCUACGGGGCAACCGUAUACCAGAUUCAAUCGACCCUUACUAAUUAUUGCUCUAGUCAUGUCAUGUAAGGUCAUCAGGGUGUCGUCCGGAGGAGUUACACACUUCAUGACCACGGCCGACCCUGAAGGCGGAGUGAUGACUGUUGGAUUUGGACAAGGUGUCCUCUAUGGCGAGCUUGGGUUGGGUUCCGAGUCCGGAAAGAGCGCUUCCAAGCCGGUCAAGAUUGAACCUUUGGGUGGUAUCAACGUCAUCGAUGUUGCCGGAGGCGCUUUCUUCUCCUUAUUCUUGGCUGUGCCCAGUCAGGAGGUUUCCGAACUCGACCGUUACCCCGAGCAUAUCCCUUCUGCGACCCUCUGUCUCGUGUGCCAGACUGACCGAAAGGGUGACCCUCCUCUAGAGUGCGAACGAUGCGACCAACCGUACCAUAUCGACUGCCUCACUCCCGCGCUUCCUGCUAUCCCCGAGGGCGAGUGGUUCUGCCCCGACUGUGAGGCCGAGACCGACGCGGGACCCGAAGAGCCGUUCGUUCCCGCGUUGGGUACCAAGAAGGGGGCAAAGAAGGCGGCAGGCAAGGGGGGUGGCAAGGUGGCGGAGGUGGGGACGCCUGCUGCGAAGGGCGGGAAAAAGAGGGGCGCAGAUUCGGCGCCUUCGACUGGUAAGCUUCAUUUGAAGUGUUCAAUGGCAUAA